AUGUACAGGGCACUUUUGGGAGUAUUUUUUGCGGGUCUGGUGGCCGGGUGUAUAGGGAAGUUGAUAGAUUAUCCGUUCGACACGGUAAAAGUCCGGUUACAAACCAGCGGGUCGAACGUGUUCCCGACAACGUGGUCGUGUAUCGAAUACACGUAUAAAAACGAGGGGAUCCUAACGGGGUUCUACCAGGGGAUCGAGUCCCCGCUGCUGGGAGCGGCGCUGGAGUAUGCCACGCUGUUCACAUCUUACAACGAGUGCUAUAAGUUCCUGGAGGCGUUCACGUCACUGUCUAAAGUUUACAUAAUUUUGAUAUCCGGUGCCGUGUCAGGGUCGUGUACAAGCCUGGUGUUGACCCCUGUAGAACUGAUUAAAUGCAAGUUGCAAGUAUCGAAUUUGGGGCGGCCCGUUUACGACGAUGAUGACGACGACAUGUAUGACGACGACGAACAUGGGGACAGAAAUACAUCGCUGUUGAGUACAGUCAAGAGUAUAUUGAAACAGAAGGGUUUAGCCGGUCUCUGGCAGGGUCAAGUUGGGGACCUUCAUAAGGGAGUCCGUGGGUACCGUUAUCUGGUUCGGCGUAUACGAGAUACUAAAAGCUCUAUUUUGUUGGGUCGAAUAUGGCGGGCGACCAACAAAGCGUCUAACGAGGGUGUGAUAUACUCGUGGCAACUGCUCGUUAGCGGUGGCCUGGCAGGGUUCUGCUUUAACGGGCUGAUGUACCCUGUUGAUACUGUGAAGUCGCUGAUGCAAACAGAGCACAUCAGCUUCAAGGAGGCCGUAACAGAGCUAAGAACUCGGUACACUGGUCUCACAGGGUUUUACAGGGGGGUCACUAUUACGCUGCUGCGGUGUCUGCCAUCAAACGCCAUCGUGUUCUAUACACACGAUAAAUUGUCAGGACUCAUAUAG